AUGGCACGGAUGGAUCAACUUUCCGAAGCUAUUGAGCAGAACAAGCACAACAACACACACACCGAUGACUCCACUCUCGUUAUCACCAAACCUCGACCAACCUACAUUGUCCCCACAAAAUCACUCCUAGCUAUCUACCCUGUCAUUGCCCUCCAGAAGGACUUCUUCAGAGCCAAGCUCGACCCUGCUGAUAAAUUCAUCGACAUGUCCGACUUUCACUUCAUGGAGGGAAUGGACUACGACGCCCAUCCACUUCUGGACGUUCAACAAAAGGGACUCCGACUCAAUGACGACAAGAGAUUCGCAGAGAAGGAAUUGGCUAAGAUCCAGACCAGACUGGCCCAUCUCACGCGCCCUUUGGACACCCUCGCUCUCAUGGCAGCCAAGGAUAACACUGAGAAUAUAUGGAAGGACCGAGCAGUUGCACUCGCCAGCACGAUCCGAUACCUCGCAGACCCUACGCCCAAACCUGCUGCGGUUACUCUCGCCGACGUCGCCGAGAGAAAAGCAGCCCUGGACGCCAUCAAUCCCGUUUUCCCUGUCAAGAAGAAGCACGACAAGCCUCCUAACAAGGAUCAGGACAAACACGACUCGACCAAGUCUGGCAGCUCCAACGACAAGUCCAAGGGCAAACCCAAGAACAACAAAGACCAUGGCCCUGGCAACAACAACAACAACAACAACAACAGCAGCAGCAGCAGCAGCAGUAAGAACGGCAAUUCUGGCAGCACUGGGCGCAAGUCUGAUGGCAGCAAUUCCGGCGUUGCAGAAAAUGGAGACGGACAGGGAAGCGGGGGAGGAGAGAAAACGCACCAGUUGAAGUAG